AUGUCGGACAACCAGGGCAACAAGAACGAGGAGCAGAGCUUCACCAUCCAGCCCCACCCUGCGACCACCAACGACCCCAACACCGACCCUGCGCUCAAAGGCGGCCAGGCGGACGUCUUCGGCAAGCCCGGCCCCCAGAUCUUUGACACCUCCAAGCUCGAGGAGCCCCUCAGCAAGGAUGAGCUGGCCAAGCGAUCGGCCGAGCUCAACAAGUGA